ACUUCCAAAUUUCCCAAGUCUUCAAGCUCUAAAAUGGAAGAAACUGGUGGGGUAAAGCUCUUAGGAUUCUGGGUAAGCCCAUUUGCUCAAAGGGUGAAGUGGGCACUGAAGCUAAAAGGCAUUCAGUAUGAAUACACAGAAGAAGAUAUAUACAACAAGAGCCCUUUGGUGUCGAAGUUGAAUCCUGUUUACGGAAAGGUUCCUGUUCUUGUUCACAAUGGAAAACCAAUUUCAGAAUCCAUAAUCAUUCUUGAAUACAUUGAUGAGGUGUGGAAACAGGCUCCCCUGUUGCCUCAAGAUCCUUACGAAAGAGCCCAAGCACGCUUUUGGGCUAAAUUUGCCGAAGAGAAGGUUAGACAAUCCGUGUGGGAAGCCGUGUGUUCUAGUGGUGAAGAAAAGCAGAAGGCAGUGAAAUCAGCAGUGGAGGCGUUUGAAGAGUUUGAGAAGGAGCUAAAACGAAGAGGGACAAAGUUCUUUGGAGGGGAAACGAUUGGUUUUGUGGAUAUCGUAGCUGGAUGUAUUUCUUAUCAGCUGGCCGUGCAUGAGGAAGUUGGAUCCAUCAAGAUUCUUGACUCGUCAAAGUUCCCAGCCAUUUCUGAGUGGAUCAAGAAUUUUCUCAAUCAUCCACUGAUUAAUGAAGGCUUACCACAGAAAGAUCAGAUGUUUGCUUAUUUCUCCAAACGUAGCAAAGAAAUAGCUUCUCGGAAAAUGUCUCACAAGACUGCUUAGAAAAAGUUGAAUCAUUGGAAUAAGACAAUAUGUGUUGGAACACAUUACCCUACUACUAGAUUAAUGAUGUGACGUCAUAUUAUAUAUUGCCUAUUAUUGUAUUUUAAUCUGUAUUUCAUUGUUU